AUGAGAAAUCUAUAAAAAUUACAAAAAAACAAAAAAAAUUGAAUAAAAAUAAAAAUAGACAUAAUUUUUUUUUUUUAUAUAAAAAAAAAUGAUUGAAGAAGAAUAUUUUUCCGACUCAACACAUUAAAUUAACAGCGAAAUAAAAGCAUACAAAUCGCCAUUAAAAAAAGACAAUCAAAUAUCUAGCAAAUCCCUCAAAAAUUCCAAUAUAAAUUCAUUAUUAUUAUAAUAAAAAACCUUUGAAAACCCAUAAUAAUAAUAAAUAUAAUCCCAAACAACCAUCCCAAGCAAUUAAAAAAAACUAAAAUAUUUAAGCAAGCAAGAACGUGAACGUUUAAAAGAUUAAGAAAAGCAACAAAACUUAAAACAAGAAUAAGAAAAACAAAAACAAGAACAAAAAAUAAGGGAAGAAUACGAAUCUUUCCGUUAUAAAGACUGGAAACGUGAACAAGAACGGGAAGAGCGCCGAAAAAAGCGUGAAUAAGACGAAAAAGAAGAACUUUAGCGAAGAUUAAAGGAAAAGAAGAGUAAAUCAAGGUCCCGAUCUAGAUCGAAAAGUAAAGAUAAAGACUCUAAAUAUAUGACAUCAAAUACUCGGGCAAUUGAGAAAAUCGCAAUUUUAAAUUCUAAUGAAGAUCCUGAAACUUAGAAUAUAAAAAUCUAGUAUUUAGGUUUAAAUAAAUAGAAGAAAAAAAUACUAAAACCAUCUGAAAAAUUCAAGAAUAUUUUUAAUUUUAAAUGGGAUUCCAGAGAUGAUACAUCAGUGGAUUAUAAUCCCCUAUAUAAAAAUCGAAUGGAGACUAAUUUAUUAUUUGGCAGGGGAAUUUUAGCCGGAUAUGACGUAAAGGAAUAAUUAGAAAAUAAAGUCAAAUAUGAAGAUUUAAUACAUAAAUAUGAUCCUGAAUAUUAAAAAAAGAAAAGCAAAGAUGAAAAAAUUAUCAAAAAGAGCAUAUAUGAUAUUUCUUUGAAAGAUCACUGGAGUUUGAAGCAGACAAUGGAAAUGACAGAGAGAGAUUGGAGGAUUUUUAGAGAAGAUAAUGAUAUUAUUAUCAAAGGAGGAAAGGUUCCUAGACCUAUCAGGAGAUGGGAAGAAGGGGAUUUGCCUCCUUAUAUAUUGGACUCCAUUAGGAGAUUGAAAUAUGAGAAGCCUACGCCUAUUUAAAUGCAAACAAUCCCAAUAGGGAUGCUUAGGAAAGAUUUAAUUGGUAUAUCACCUACUGGCUCAGGUAAAAGUUGCGCAUUUUUAAUCCCUUUGAUUGUCUAUCUAAGAUCAUUACCCCCUAUGGAUGAAGAGGUAGCUAAAGAUGGUCCAUAUGCGCUUAUUUUGAUUCCUACAAGAGAACUUGCACCUUAAAUAGAGAAGGAAUUUUAGAAUCUAACUACGAAUAUGAGGUUGAAAAGUUUAGUAAUGGUAGGAGGUAGAGACGAAGGGAAUCAAGCCUAUAAAUUAAAAGUAGGAUGUGAGUUAUUAAUUGGUACUACAGGUAGAAUAAAAGAUGCUUUAUAAAAGAAUUAUUUAGUUUUAGACUAAGUUUCAUGGGUAGUUUUAGAUGAGGCUGAUAAAAUGAUAGAUAUGGGUUUCGAGGCUGACGUGAAUUUUAUUUUAGACCGAAUAAAAUCACAUAUGAAAAGUGAAGAUGAAUUAAUGGCUGAUUUAUAGGAAAAAGAGGCAAAAGCAGGAGAAAAAAUAUAUAGAGUUACUCAUUUAUUCUCUGCUACAAUGCCACCUGAAAUAGAAAAAUUGGCCAAAAAAUAUUUAAGGUCUUUUUGCUAUAUUAGUAUUGGAGAACCGGGUGGAGGGAAAAAAGAUAUAGAGUAGAUUGUGGAAUUUAUUGCUGAAGGGUAAAAAAAAUCUAGGCUUUAGAAUAUACUUAAAGAUUAAAAACCACCUAUUAUUAUUUUUGCUAAUGAAAAAAAUGCAGUUGAAAAAUUAUAAAAAAUACUAGAAAAAUGGGGAUGGAAUAGUGUUAUUUAUCAUGGAGGAAGAACAUAAUAAUAAAGAGAAGCUGCUGUAGAUGGCUUUAAGAAAGGUAAAUAUGAUAUUUUAGUAGCUACAGAUUUAGGUAGUAGAGGUUUACAUGUCGAUGGUGUAAAAAUGGUUAUUAAUUUCGAUGCGCCGAAAAAUAUAAAAGAUUUUGUUCAUAGAACUGGAAGAACAGGCAGAGCAGGUAAAAGAGGUAUUGCUUAUACAUUUUUAACCAAUAAUAAUGAAAUUAUCUUUUAUGAUUUGAAAGAAUUUUUAAUUAAAAAUAAUUAUGAUGUACCAUAAGAAUUGGAUUAACAUCCUGCUAGUUAAACUAAACCAGGAACUGUACUUGAAAUGGUACCGAGAAGUAAAUAGGUAUUAUAUGCAUAAUGA